GUGGUUACGUCGCGGCGUCACUGCCUCACUCUCAAGGUCCCCCUCCCUUGAUUUUGCACACGCUGUAAAGACAUUCUCCUCACAGCGACCAGACUGACAUGCAGAACUUCUCUGCCUCCUCAGAGCCUCUUGGAUGAUCCACACUCGAUCGGGUGAGGUUGGGGUUUUUUUCCCCCGCUAUGAGGAUACCAUCGUGUGUUCGGACGUCAUACGAGCUCAGGAGCGCUGGCUUCCUGCACCGCGUCUCGCCCGCUGCGCCGCUCCGUUUUCGCUUUUAGCUUUCCCCUGAGUUCCGCGCGCUGUACCGCCGCAAUGAUUAGCAAAGUGAAAAAUGCCAUGUCCUCGCUGGUAGGCGGCAUUGUUCCGCACGGCCACCACCACCAUCAUCAUCCUCAACAGCAGCAGCAGCAGAGCGGAGCGGACUCUCUGCCCCCGCGUUUCCCGUACGCGCGGCCCGACUUUCUGGAGCUGAGCAAUGAGUUGGUGCAGUACGCGGCCGAGCACGCAUCCCGGCCCGUAAUCACACUUCGGAGAGACGCCAAGAUGCCCUGGCGCACCGGAUAUGCAGAGGUGAUAAAUGCAGGAAAGAGUAUGUUGAAUGAGGACCAGGCCUCAUGUGACGUGCUAUACGUGAAGAAGCUGACAAGCAAACAGCAGCGUGCCUCCGUGCUUCUAGAGGACAGUGGGGACACCACAGGUAUCCCCAUGCAUUUCUGGGGUGUAUUUGAUGGUCAUGCUGGCUCUGGAGCCGCCCUCAUGGCCUCCAAACUCCUCCAUCGUCUCAUCCGAGAUCGUUUGUGUGAAGUAGCCCAUCUUUUGGAGAAUCAGAGCAGCCCACCACCCAUCUGCCUAGCUAAAAAUGGGAGUCCCUAUCAGGCUGAGCAAAAGAAGGGAUCCUGCAUGGAUGCAGAAGACCAGGAUGGGCCUGCAGAUCCCAUUGCUCGAUUCCACAUGGAGAAGGUUGUCAGUCUGGAAAGCCUGGUUAUGGGAAUCAUAGAGAAUGCCUUCAAACAGAUGGAUGACCUCAUUGAAAAGGAGAAGGCAUCUUACAGCAUUUCUGGAGGAUGUUGUGCCUUGACUGCUGUGCAUUUGUUAGGGAAACUCUACGUAGCAAAUGCAGGUGACAGCAGAGCCAUAAUUGUUCGCAAUGAUGAGAUUAUUCCCAUGUCUAAUGAGUUCACACCAGAGAGUGAGAGACAACGGCUGCAGUACCUGGGAUUCCUUAAACCAGACCUGCUUGGGAACGAGUUCACACACAUUGAGUUUCCCCGACGCAUUCAGCACAGCGAGCUAGGCAAGAAGAUGUUAUUUAGAGACCACACCAUGACUGGGUGGGCAUAUAAGACAAUUGUUGAAGAUGACCUCAAGUUCCCCCUCAUUUAUGGAGAGGGGAAAAAGGCCCGAGUCAUGGCCACAAUUGGAGUAACACGUGGUUUAGGAGACCAUGAUCUGAAAGUUUACAAUUCAAACAUUCAUAUCAAACCAUUCCUAUCCUGCUGUCCAGAGGUGAAAGUAUACAAUAUUUCAGAGCACAAGCAUGGCCCUGAUGACGUCCUUAUUAUGGGCACUGAUGGAUUGUGGGAUGUGACUUCUGACAGAGAAGUAGCAGAUGCAGUGACAAAAUUUCUGUCCUGCUGUGAGCCUAAUGACCCAAUGAGGUAUACUUUGGCUGCUCAAGAUCUCCUAAUGAGGUCUCGUGGUGUUCUGAAAGAGCGGGGUUGGAGGCUGCCCAAUGACAGACUGGGAUCAGGUGAUGACAUAACAGUGUUUGUCAUCCCAUUGGCUGGGGCAGAGUCAGAGACAUGACAAGGCAGCUCAGUUCUUCUCUGGUGAGCAAAUCAGGACACGGCGCUAAUUCGUGCCGGCUGAGGAAGGGGUGCAAUACCAAAAAAUCCAUGCUAAAUUGAGCUGAAGGGAAAGACAUAUGCAUUGCUCCUCUUCCUCUGACUUUUCAGAGGAAACGUGUCGACUCUUACCUCUUCUUAUCAAGCCUGGGAUAACAUCAUCAUUAAGUGCCACUCUUCUCAUUCAACAUUUCUCACAGAUUUACUGUGAAAGACUUCAGAACACACAAAGCCGCUGUGAUAUAAACAUAUACUCUGUAAGUCUAUUUGGAGAGAUAGAGAAGAAGAGAGAUUAGUGCCAGGUAAAUAAACAGGGUCUUUUAUACAUGACCCGAAGAAAACAGAGGAAUGGAGCAUUGGUGAUAUGAGAUGAAAUCAUGAUGGUUGAGAAUGUAUAGAUGUAAGCACUUUAUCUUUAAGCUUAAAAUUAUCAACCUGUAAUUAAAACUUAGCAAAUUAAUCCAUUUCCUGCAGCUCUCCUAAAUGUCUCCAAAGAGUGUGUCUAUUUGAACACAUGCAUUUCAGUGACUUUGCAGUAGCUUUAUUUAGAAACUAAUGAUCACCAAGAAAAGAAGGGAAGCACAAUUUUCUCAUUAGUCCUGACAAUGACAGGGUCAAACACUUCUCCUUUGGAAAAAGAACAAUAUUAUUGUGAUUGAGGCCAUUGUGUAGAAUUGUCUUGUGGCACUUGUGGGCAGUGGUAGCUCAGUGGUUAAGACGUUGUACUACUGAUUUGCAGUGUUAGGUAAGUUACUCCAAAAAAAUAAGUAAUCCACUACAGAUUACUAAUUAUUACUUUAAAAUUGUAAUUUGAUUACAUUACUGAUAAGGUAAAAUCAGAUUACUAAUUACUUUACUUUUUGAAGUUACUCUGAAACCUAUCAAACCUACAAAAAUACACUACAAUGUGUAACUCGUAGUUCUUUCAGUAAUUUUAGCGUGCGUCAAUGUAUGAAAUGAUCAGAAAAAGUUGGAUUCAUCAUAAAACAUGCCUCGGGUGUUGUCACUGUUUUAGAACUAACAGACCGAUAAAAUAUAAAACUUUUCAAACUAGGCUAAAAAUGGUCUUGAGUCCAUUCACCGAAGAUAUAAAAUUACAACACCGCUGUCUUCUUUUAAUGACAUUCAGUUACGUAGUGACAAACCACUCCAAGUGGAGAAUUAAUCGGGGCUAAAGAAAAAAUCUUUGGGGCUACAGCCCAGGCCAGGUUACGCCCCUGGCAGCCAUGAAAAACAUGAUUUAUUUUAAAAAUGCAUUUUGCUUAAUAUUGUUUUCUUAACAAAUUUUUUAAUGCAAGUAACAUAAUUUUAUUGAUAUCAGUAACUGUAAUCAAAUUACAUAUAUUUGAAAUGUACAAUGUGCGUUACAUUACAGUGUUAUCAGAAAAAAUCAUGCGAAUAGGCCUACAAAGUAACGCGUUAUACCCAACUCUGCUGAUUUGAAGGUCGUGAAUUCAAAUCCCUACUGCCAAGCUGCCACUGCUAGGACCAUGAGCAAGGCCCUUAACCCUCAACUGCUAAUUUGUAUAAAUGAGAUAAAAUUUCAUUCUCUCUAGUGUCUGCUAAAUGCCAUAAAUGUAAAUGAGAUAUACUACUGUAACCCACACCUUGACAAAGUUCUGGAAAAUAGAGGCCAUCAUUUCAACUCUUGCACAUUUGACUAAACCCAGGUUCCCUAACUCUCCACAAAGCCAUGUUCACAAUGAACCUAAAACUUGCAAGGAGGUGGAUUUUUGAUUAUAAUCAAACCCAGAUGCAUUAUUUGUGCACACUAAUUUUCACUUAAACUGUAGCUUUUUUUUCUGAGCCAAGUAUAGAAGCUUAUUAUAUAUUGAGAAUCCCUAUUAAAGCAGCUUUUAGUCCAAGAUCAGCACUUAUAUGGAACCUAGAAACCUACCAUUCAUGAUGAAUUCAUUAUUAUAAUGUAUUAUUACUAUAACUUUCACAUGAGGUACCAUAUUUGUAAAAAUGGGUUGAAAAGGGUUUUAGGUGGCAGCUAGCUUCCCACAAAUAAUGUUUUAAUGCAAACACAUUUCAACAUUAGAGCCAAGGUCCUGAUCCUGAAUUUUAUUUCAAUACCCCAUGCUUAAAUUAUCUUGAACAACCGAUUGUGAAUAUAUGUGAACAUUUGAGUUGAUGCUGACUGCUAACAAACUUUGUUUUUUGCUAUAACAUGUUUAGUUGAUUUGCUGACUGUUUUAUCAUUUGUCAAGCUGUAACACCUAAGCAACUGUGAUUCCUUCAAAAUAAAUCUCCCAUCUUUGAAUAAAUUA